AUGGCGUCACUGCGGAGCGCGGCGCGGCACAGCCCCUGCCGGGGAGCGGCGCAGACCCCGCGGCAGCCACUCGCUCCGGCGGCGGCACAGCCCGGCCCUCGCCGCGCGCCGGCGCGUUACCGGCGGCAGGAAGCUGCUUUCGUAAAUGCACACAUCGUCGUGGUUACAGGCCCGGGCGCUAACGGACAGACGUUCAAUUUCUACCUUAUCUGCUCCAGGGCUCCGCCGUGCCUCAGGGCUGCAAUGAACGGCUCGAUGCCCGAGUGGUGGGCAGUGAGGAGCGGCGCUCCUCAGGGGUCAGUGCUGGGACCGGCGCUCUUUAAUGUCUUUGUCGGGGACAUGGGCAGUGGGAUUGAGUACACCCUCAGCAAGUUUACCAAUGACACCAAGCUGUGUCGUGCGAUCAACACGCUGGAGGGAAGGGAUGCCAUCCAGAGGGACCUGGACAGGCUUGAGAGAGGGGGAGAGCAGAAGGAGACGGCUUCAGGCUCACGGGGGUGUCGUGACAUCAGGAGGAUGGUGGUAUUACCAUGCCCUCCUGCCCAGCACAGCAGCCUGAGUGCUGCUUCUCUCACCCAGCAGCUCGGGUGGCCGUCAGUGUGGGAUAGUCUCACAGAAAGAGGAGUCCCCUCACCCAGGUCUUCCUGAGGAAGGCUGGAUGCACUCGGUUCUUCAGGACUCUUCCAGAGGGAUGCACAAAGCUGGAUUUGGGAACCAUUUUUCACUGAAUUCAUGCACUUCUGGUGCUAACCAACUCGAGCAAAGAAAGAUGUCUGGUUACACUCAAAAAAGUGCUGUUGAAAAUUGCAAAUAGCUGUUUGACUCUUUUGGAAGGAUGUGAUUUCCACCAAUAGAGUUGCCUAAUCUUUGA